GGGGGCGCGCCGCGCGGGCUUUGCUGGCUGCGCACCGAGCUCGCAGUGCCGCCCGCGCUUCCCAGCGUCCGCACGCGGCUGUCUGUGCCCACCGCGCCCAUCCCGCUAUGGCCGCGGCCGCCCUCCUGUCCCGGCCGCUGCCCCUGCUCCUGCUGUCGCCGCCGCUGCUGCUGCUGCUGCUGCCGCCGCGCGCCGGCCGGGUGCGCGCUGACAGUAAGGUGUUUGGUGACAUGGAGCAGGUGCGGAUGACCUCGGAGGGCUCCGACUGUCGCUGCAAGUGCAUCAUGCGGCCGCUGAGCAAGGACGCUUGCAGCCGAGUGCGCAGCGGGCAGGCCCGGGUGGAGGACUACUACACUGUGGAGACGGUGAGCUCGGGGACCGACUGCCGCUGCUCCUGCACGGCGCCACCCUCCUCGCUCAACCCCUGCGAGAACGAGUGGAAGAUGGAGAAGCUCAAGAAGCAGGCACCCGAGCUCCUCAAGCUCCAGUCCAUGGUGGAUCUCCUGGAGGGCACCUUGUACAGCAUGGACCUGAUGAAAGUGCACGCCUAUGUCCACAAGGUGGCCUCCCAGAUGAACACGCUGGAAGAGAACGUCAAGCUGAACCUGAGCCGGGAGAACGAGGUAGUGAAGGAGAGCAUGCGCCACCUGAGCGAGCAGCUGAAGCGCUAUGAGAAUCACUCGGCCAUCAUGAUGGGCAUCAAGAAGGAGCUCUCCAGCCUGGGCCUCCAGCUGCUGCAGAAGGACGCAGCCCCGGCCUCGGCCGCUGCCCCAGCACCCGGCCCUGCCAGCAAGGCUCAGGACACAGCUGGAGGGAAAGGCAAAGACAACAACAAAUACGUCAACGUUCAGAAGACCUUUGCAGACAGGGGCCUCACAAAACCUCCUAAGGAGAAGCUGCUGAAGGUGGAGAAGCUGAGGAAGGAGGGCGGCAAGAGCAGAUUCCCCCAACCCACAGCCAAGCCCCGGACCCUGACCCAGCAGCAGGCCAUAAUCCGAGGCAUCACCUACUACAAGGCGGGCGGGAAGGAGGUGACUGAGGCCGUGGCCGACAACGCCCUCAAGAGCACUUCCUGGCUAGAACAGCGGCCGCCCAGGGUGGAGGGCAGGUCACCGGAGCCCAACUCAGCGGAACAUGACAAGGCUGGGCCCAGGGCCUCAGAGGGAGCGGACCUGGCCUCUGGCACUCUCAGUUCCGACCCUGUCCCCACCCCCACCCUGACUCCCACCGCCCGGCCCCAGCCCACAGAGCCACCUUCACACCCAGAUGUCCCAAGCCAAGGCAGAGAGACGAGCUGUGAGGGCACCCUGCGGGCCGUGGACCCCCCCGUGAGGCACCACAGUUACGGGCGCCACGAGGGAGCCUGGAUGAAGGACCCUGCUGCGAAAGACGACAGGAUCUACGUCACCAACUACUACUACGGGAACAGCCUGGUGGAGUUCCGCAAUCUGGAAAACUUCAAGCAAGGCCGCUGGAGUAACAUGUACAAGCUGCCGUACAGCUGGAUCGGCACGGGCCACGUGGUGUUCCAGGGCGCCUUCUACUACAACCGCGCCUUCACCAAGAACAUCAUCAAGUACGACCUGCGGCAGCGCUUCGUGGCCUCCUGGGCACUGCUGCCCGACGUGGUCUACGAGGACACGACGCCCUGGAAGUGGCGCGGCCACUCGGACAUCGACUUCGCCGUGGACGAGAGCGGCCUGUGGGUCAUCUACCCCGCCGCGGAUGACCAGGACGAGGCCCAGCCCGAGGUGAUUGUGCUGAGCCGCCUGGACCCCGGCGACCUGUCCAUGCACCGGGAGACCACGUGGAGGACGCGGCUGCGGCGGAACUCCUACGGGAACUGCUUCUUGGUGUGCGGCAUCCUGUACGCCGUGGACACGUACAACCAGAAGGAAGGCCAGGUGGCCUACGCCUUCGACACGCACACAGGCACUGACGCCCGGCCGCAGCUGCCCUUCCUCAACGCGCACGCCUUCACCACCCAGAUCGACUACAACCCCAAGGAGCGCAUGCUGUACGCCUGGGACAACGGCCACCAGCUCACCUACACCCUCCACUUCGUGGUCUGAGCCGGGACCGGCGCUCACAGAAGAGGAGUGGCCGUGGGCGUGGCUCCCCCACAGCAACUCCUGCAGGGGGCUCCGUCAGCACAUAUUGAUGGGGGUCCAGGCCCGGGGCAGGUGCUAGGCACGUGGCGCAGCCAGGAUAAAGCUUCCUUGGCACCCAGUGGAUUAAUAAUCCCUUCCACUUGCAGAGCACCAUGCCAAGAGCUUCACAUGCACAAACCCAUUCAGUCCUCCCAGUAGCACCCCCGGAGGUAGGGAUAAUUAAGCCCAUUUAACAGAUGAGGACACUGAGGCCCAGAGAGACCAUGUCCCUUGCCUGAAUAGCCUCAGUUUGGAUCAGGCAGGCCAUGCCGUCACAACAGCCCCGUUUUACAGAUGAGGAGACCUGACUGUGCUCACCUUCACCUCCAGGCCUCUCCCUACUCCUCUAGAUUCUCUUGUUCUCUCAACUCUGUCUCCCUUACCCCCGGGGCCAUUCAAAAGCAGAGGCCUCGGGAAUCUCCGCACUAUGUGGCACGCUGCGUCCCACCCCCGGCCCCCGUUCUGGCUGAACUGUUGGUGGCCCUGGGCUUCAGGCCCCUGGCUAAUGUUCCUGCUCCUUGCCUUUGGCCACCCCCCACCCCCCCUCACCCUCUGUCCAACCACAUUCCAAACCUCCAUGGUCACCCAGCCACUGAGCAGAAACCGCACCCCGAGGAAAAAUACCAGCCCCUGUUCCAAGUUCCCCUCCCUCUGUAUUCAUGUUUAUUUUCUCUUAUUCCUCCUCAGUGCUGUCAUUUGUUUCUGCAGCAGCAGCUGAGAAGGCCGCCGGCAGCUGCCUGCCAGACCCGACUCUACCAGGGUGGGGAGCUGGGCCAGGCCCUGAGGCCCCCUCUCCACCCAGAAGUGCCGGCUUUGGCUACAUACCUAGGCCAUGGGACCUGUCCUCAGCCCCUCCCAGAGCCCUGGGGCCUGGGGUCCAUGUUGUCCUUUCUCUCUGGACCUUUGAACCCACAGCUUAGAUGUACUCAGGGAUACCUUCAGGUCUGCUGUGAGCAAGACCCUGGACAGGUCUGGGGUGGUGCCAGGAUGAAACAGAUUCCCUCUUCCUUGUCAGUCCUGACCCGGUCAUUUGGUGGAAUGACCCAGCAGAUUUUUUGUGGUUUAUUUUGGGGGGGCGCUGGGGGGGAUUUGAGAUCUGAGCGGUUGGGUCCAGGGGAGGAAUUGGACCUAAUGGUUGCAGGGAGGUGCUAGAGGAUGGAAGCUGGGAAGGAAGGAGAAGGCGGUGUGUGGACCAGGCUUUUCCAGGCUUCAGAGUUAUUGGUGCCAGGACCACCCUGAACCCGGGCCUUGGGGCUGAGGAUGCACAGGUGGGCCGUCUCUCCUGGUGCUGCUGGUGACCCCCCUGAGCCUCAGACCCAGGCAGCCCAUAGGACAUAGACCUUAAAGCCUUCCCCUCAUCUGCUUUGGGUAGUAUUUUCAGAGCUAGGAAGUUCACCAGUCUAACUCCCUGUUUCACCAAAGGAGAAAGAAGCCCCCAGAGAGGUUUAGAGAGUAGUUUGGGGCCAUGCUGGGGAACAGGACACAGCUGAUCUUCCAGAAGGGCUUUGUCUAUUUCCUUUAUUCUUCCGGCUUAGAGGCAGCUCUGCCUGGGAAGGCCAUAGACUCCCAAGGACCCAAUCCAUCCCAACACCUUUGAGAGUAUUUACUGUUGAUCCCUACACCACCCCCUGACCCUGCUCCCCUCAUCUGUCCCCAUGCCAACUCCUGCAUAUCUGUAUAUUUGGACACCCAGCUGCAUACCCAAGAGUGUAAGGAAAAGCAUUUUGUGCAGAAGACGUCUCUUUCGGGCAUGGUCAGGUGAUGUUUUGUUUAAGCUGAACUCACCCCUGAAAUAGAGGGGAAUGAGGAUAGCCAGCCAAGCAAGGCCUGACUCAUAGUGGUGGACACAUCCAGCCUCCCCCACCCAACCGUCGGCGGGCUCCACCGAACAGUCUCUUCAGGGGGCUGCAUUUCCCUUGGCCCUGGGUGUGGGUUUUACAAGAUUGUGUCUUUCAUGAUAUCACAGCCUAACCAUGUGAGAAGUGUUCAGACUCCUCUUGCUCAGUAGUUGAGAAAAAGGAAAGUUAGAAAGGAUGGGAUUUGGGAAAAUGGAAGGACGAGCAAAAUUGUUUUUGGGGGGGCGGUGAUGCAGGCUGCAGCCUCCAAGCCUUCACUAAGCCCCUUCUGUUUUCAGGCCUUAGUGUGUGGGGUUUUGUGGUAGCUAUUUUCCUCACUUUACAGAUAGUCGAACUGGAGCCCAGACGUGGGUCACUUGUCAUGAAAGCAGUUAAAUGGGGAGCCAGGUCUCAAAAUCAGGUCAUCUAAGCAUCACCACUGACUGAGCAUCAAGUGGGCCACGCAUGCAGGGUGCAUAUUCUUGCUUCGUCACAACAGGGAAGGUCUAUACUUGGAAUGUGCCCAUUUUACAGAUGAAGAAACUGAGGUGAAGGGACUUACCCAAGGUCACACCGUGGCUUAGUCUGUGGCAGAUCGGGGUUUGAGGGCUGGUCAGUCCAUGUUGUUUGCCAACUGCAUGGCACUCCAAGGGCAGCUCCAGAAGUGUCACCAGGCCACAAGCUGCAUCCAGAAAGGACACCCAAGAAGGAAGUUGGGGUCAGCCUGUAAAGAGCCUUGAAUGCCAAGCCAAAGACUGCCUCCAAUCACAUUUGGAACAAAGUCAAGUAUAAGUUAACAGAGAAAAGAAAAUUCUAAGACAAUUGGAAUUGAUUCCAUUGCUCAUGGGAGGCAGGGAUGGGUUUCUGUCAUGGACUUUAUUGCAUUUGGCCACAGGUACUUCAAAUAAGAAAGGACCUGGACUGGGGAGGACCAGCGUUUCUUAUUGACCUUGGAUGUGAAGGCAAAGGAAGCUGUCUCUGGUGUUCUGAACAUAUGAAGGGGCUUGGGCUGCUGCCUUGGAUUCCCCCUAGAGAUUUCUAGGCCUUGACAUUUAAUUUGCUCUGUCUGCGGAGGAGAGAAGGGGGCCUCUGCCUUGGAGGCGGCCCAGAAAGUGAGGCUGGGGUUUUCCUGGGAAUCAUUUGAGUGUUCCUGAAAGCCUCUGUGUUCCAAAGCGUCAUGUUCUCCUUGACAACAUUGGAAACCACUCUGAUGACAGGAGAACACAGCACCGGAUGGUUGUCAGACAGCCUGGGUAGGAGUUAGGGAGGCCUGUUGGGAUCUGGCUCAGCCUCUUCCAUGCUGCAUGCUUGGGCAGGGUAGGGACUGACAGAGGAGACAGAUGUCAACUCCCUUUUAUGGCUGAAGACCUACAGCUUAGGGAGGACUAAGGGCAGCUGAGGACCCAAGCAGCACCCUCCCAGAGCUAGAAGGCACCUGGACACACAUUCUCACUGAUGCACCCAGGAAUCCCCAGGGUUGGCAUUGCUUUCCCUCCUGACAGGUGAUGAACCUCAAGUUCAGGGAAGUUAAGCAACCUGCUCAGGGUCCUGAAUCUAGCAAGUAGUAGAGUCAAGAUUUGAACCAGGUGUGUGUCUAUGCCAAAGCCCCAAACUCACUGUUACUAGAAAUCUUGUGACAGUCGUGUUUUCUCUUUUGCUUUGGCCGCUGGGAACCUCAAAGUCAAAUUUGAGAUUACUUUUAACAAUUGUACUGAGUCACCAACUGGACUCUGACUUCAUUCUAGCUUUCUGCUUUAACCUUUACCCAGAUCUGUUUAUUUUUACUCCAUUGUAUUUUAUCUAUGUUUGUAAGUUGCCACAAUACCUUUUUUGCAACAAGGUGGCAUAUACCUAAAUAAAGACAUGAUCAAAUUUC